AUGUUUAUCGACCUUAACAUCCCGUUUCCUGAACCUAUAUUAUACGAAUCGCAGAACACGCCGAAGAAACAAAAUAAAGAAAAGCAAAAGAAACAAGGAACUGCCCUGGCAUAUGUGCAGGCCUCGACCGGCGUGGCAGGCCCGGUGCCGACCCACCCACUCGAGCGAUUGCGUCUACCUGAUAGGAAAGCAUUGAGAGAGAGGGUGGAGAUGCUCGUUUAUUUGGGUUACACGAUCAUCGCCUUCACCCAGACUCUUCAUUCCAAACUCGACCCCUCAACACACGUGAACUGGUUCGACGGCGGAGACGGCACCAUGUUUCGUGACUUGGAUCCCCGGUUUAAUGGCGGAAAGCGUGGGGUGGUUCAGCUCAGACGGUUGAACAUCGUGCUGGACGAGACGAGUGAGAAGGGCUUUGGUUUUACAGCACAGACGAAUUCCCUCCUAUUGAACUACGACAUCCUCUCCCUCACUCCGCUUACAACUUCGACUUUCCAAUCCGCAUGCUUACAGCACACCCAACCCUCUGCUUCUGUAGUCCAUCUCAUCACGCCCCCACUCACCUCCUCCCCUCGCCUUCCCUUCUACAUGAAGCACACGCUCGUCCGUACCGCCCUGAAAAACGGAGCAAGAUUUGAGGUGUGUUGUGCUGGUGUACUUGGAGGUGAAGGGACAAGGCAAGAGGAACAACGAAAUUGGUGGACGAACGCUAGGGAGGUCGUCAGAGCUGCAGCGGGAGGGAAUAGGAUGGGUCACGAGGGAGUGGUUUUCUCCAGUGGUGCGGAACAUGUAUAUCAGCUGAGGGCACCCGGCGAUAUCAUGAAUCUAGGAACUACUCUUGGACUAGCACACGUAACGUGUUACGCGGCCGUGUCUCGUAUUCCCAAGUCGCUCAUUAUCCGCGCCGAGACACGAAAGACUUAUCGAGCAAUUCUCAGUGAGCCGAAGCUCAUUCUUCCCACCCCGGACGUCGUCGCUCCUGCGCCAGACGUCCACACCGGGGAAGAAGCGACCGAAGACAGCGGGUCGAACGGGUUGGUCAAGGACCUGAUGGAGCUUUUGAAUGAGGAGGAUGAGAUGAGAAAGAGGAAACGGGAUGGAGCAGACGGGAUGGGUGGGGAUGAUGAGGACGUGGGGCAGGAGAAUGACGGAGAGAGUGAGCCGGAGAGGAAACGGAAGAAGAAGCGGCGAAGGAAGAACCGUUAG